UUCCCGACACAAACCUACAGCAAGCUAGCUAACCCAGUGCACCUACCUACUGACCAGUUUGCCGGAAAAUCAUCAGCAAGAUCACUCGAUCGAGAUCAAGCAACAUGGAGCUGCUGCUCUUGCUCACCGUGCUUCUGUUUGCGCACGCGGUGGCCUACCUGGCCUGGGCGGCCGCCGUCCGGCGCCGGCAGUCGCGGUGCUACCUCCUGGACUACGUGUGCUACAAGCCGUCGGACGACCGCAAGGUGACGACGGAGAUGGCCGGCGCGCUGAUCGAGCGCAACCCGCGCCUCGGCCUGUCGGAGUACCGCUUCCUCCUGCGGGUCAUCGUCGGCUCCGGCAUCGGCGAGGAGACCUACUCCCCGCGCAACAUCGUGGACAGCCGGGAGGACGCGCCGACGCACCAGGACGCGGUGGAGGAGAUGGACGCCUUCAUCGACGACGCCAUCACGGAGCUCUUCGGCAAGAGCGGCGGCUUGAUCAAGCCCCGGGACGUGGACGUGCUGGUGGUGAACGUGUCCAUGUUCUCCCCGGCGCCGUCGAUCGCGUCCCGGAUCGUGCGCCGGUACGGCAUGCGGGAGGACGUGGCCGCGUACAACCUGUCCGGCAUGGGGUGCAGCGCCGGGCUGGUGUCGCUGGACCUCGCGCGCAACGCGCUGCGCACGCGGCGGAACGCGACGGCGCUGGUGGUGUCGACGGAGUCCAUCGCGCCCAACUGGUACCCCGGCACGGACAAGUCGAUGAUGCUUGGCAACAUGCUGUUCCGGUGCGGCGGGUCGGCGGUGCUGCUCACCAACGACCCGGCGCUGCGCGGGCGGGCCAAGAUGGAGCUCCGCUGCCUGGUGCGCUCCAACAUCGCCGCCAACGACGACGCGCACGCGUGCGCGCUGCAGCGGGAGGACGCGGACGGGCGCGUGGGGAUCAGCCUGAGCAAGGCGCUCCCAAAGGCCGCCGUGAGGGCCUUCACCGUGAACCUGCGGACGCUGGCGCCGCGCAUCCUCCCGGUGACCGAGCUCGCGCGGUUCGCCGCCGGCCUCAUGCUGAGGAAGCUCUCCUCCUCCUCGCGCAAGCACGGCGGGAAAAGCGAGGGACCGAAGAUCAACUUCAAGUCGGGCGUGGAGCACUUCUGCCUCCACCCGGGGGGCACGGCGGUGAUCGAGGCGGUGAAGCGGAGCCUGGGGCUGGACGACGGCGACGUGGAGCCGGCGCGGAUGACGCUGCACCGGUGGGGGAACACGUCGGCGAGCAGCCUGUGGUACGUGCUCUCGUACAUGGAGGCCAAGGGGAGGCUGAGGCGAGGGGACAGGGUGCUCAUGGUGACCUUCGGCUCCGGGUUCAAGUGCAACAGCUGCAUGUGGGAGGUGAAGGGCGACAUGGCCGACAAGGGCGCGUGGGCCGACUGCGUCGACGACUACCCGCCGGCCAACACCGCCAACCCCUACAUGGACAAAUUCGGGUGGCUCAACGACGUCGAGGGCGACACCGUCAUGCUUUAAUUCAUGCUCGCUGCUGCGUACUCAUACGCCGUCCGGCCGAUCACAACGAGAUCGGGGAAGGUGGUGGGUAGUAAUAAUUAUUAUUUCAUGUUAUUCAUCCAGUACAUACGUAUACUCCCUGGAGAAUAAAUGUACCUAGAUAUAGCUUAUAGCCUUAUUAGAGUCGUCACGACGGUAAUGGUGAUGAUUCUUCUUCCUUUCUAAACAGGAAUAGUGUUGUUGAUUAUCCGUGGUCAAGUGUUUAUAAACUCAUAAUUCCUCACUGUAUAUGCUCUCUUGUCAUGUACUCACUUUCGUACAGAACUGUACUACUAUAUGUUGUUGUA